AUGAGAACAAAGUGUGGCCCAGAAGCAAACUACACGACAUGUCGUUUAAAUGGUACCAAAAGAGAUAAGGAAUUUAUAUCUUGGCCAUCAGCUCAUGCAACAGAAGCUGGAUCUGCAGGUGUUUUUGUUGCAUUUUUUGUUCAAGAAGUGUUCGUUGACAAGAACUUACUGAUAUCAUUUGCAUCUGCUGUCUUGUUUUUAGGAUUUGGAGUCUACGUUGGUGGCUCUCGAAUCAAAGAUUUUAAACAUCAUCCUGAUGAUGUAACAGCCGGACUCUUAAUUGGUGCAGGGGUAUCCUACUUCAUUUGGACAAACAUGAAAAAGAAAAUAUUUACAGUCGAAAAGAAACCAAUCGAGUUUGCUCCUGAAGCAAACGAAAUGCGCGAUGUAGAACAAUUCGAUGAAUCAUAG